CGGUGCGUGUAUAAAAUAAAAACAGGAAAAAUAAACAGUUAAAGGAGAGUAUAUCUCAUACACUGAUAUUUGGAGCACGUGGAAAAAACUUUCGUCAUUUGAGUUUUUUUAUUAUAAAUGAAAUAAUCAUAAUCAUAAUAAUAAUAAUGAAUUAUUAAGAGUUAUGGGGAAAAACGACAAUGAUAAUAAGCAACAAUCAGUAACGAGGUCUGUAAGUGCUGUGAGUACUGAGAGGGCUGAGAGGGAGGAAAGAACCGGUUUAACACAUGAGUGCGGUGUAUUUGCAGCAAUUGCGUGCGGGGAUUGGCCUACGCAAAUCGAUAUUGCACAUGUUAUAUGUUUAGGCCUUGUAGCAUUACAGCACCGAGGACAGGAGAGUGCUGGCAUAGCUACAAGCGAAGGCAAUUGUUCUCCGAAUUUUAACGUUCACAAGGGCAUGGGUAUGAUUAGCAGUUUAUUUACCGAUGCGAAUAUUAAGAAUCUUAAAGGAAAUUUGGGUAUCGGACAUACUCGUUACUCGACAUCGGGCGCUUCGGAGGUAGUAAAUUGCCAACCAUUGAUAUACAAGACCGCUCAUGGACCUAUGGGCGUGGCUCAUAAUGGAGAAUUGGUGAAUAGUGAUUCGUUGCGUAAAGAAGUGUUGGGACGUGGCGUAGGAUUAGUUACGGACACUGACAGUGAAUUGAUUGCUCAAUCCUUAUGCCGUCCGCCGGAAAAGGAAGAUGGAAGAGAAGAAGUGCCCGAAUUGAAUGGGCCUGAUUGGCCGGCACGUAUUCGGCGCUUUAUGAAAUUGGCUCCUUUAUCGUAUUCUUUGGUUAUUAUGAUAAAAGACAAAAUCUACGCAGUACGUGACGUGUACGGCAAUCGACCAUUGUGCUUGGGUAAAAUUGUACCCCUUAAUGUUGGCAAUCUUAAAGUGGAAGAAGCUAAGGCCGAAGGCUGGGUAGUAUCUAGUGAAUCAUGCGGCUUUCUAUCGAUAGGCGCCCGCUAUGUUCGCGAAGUGGAACCCGGUGAGAUAAUUGAAUUAACUCGGCACGGUCAUCGUACAGUAGAUGUUCUCAAAGGGCCAAAAUCUAUGGCUUUUUGUAUAUUUGAGUAUGUGUAUUUUGCCCGCGGUGAUUCCAUAUUUGAACGUCAAAUGGUUUAUUCGAUGCGAAUGCAAAGCGGUCGUCAAUUAGCACGUGAGGCACCUUGCAAAGCGGAUAUUGUCAGCUCAGUACCAGAGUCCGGUACAGCAGCUGCUCACGGCUACGCUAAGGAAUCAGGUUUGGAAUUUGUAGAAGUGCUUUGCAAAAAUCGUUACGUCGGUCGCACUUUCAUACAACCAUCAACAAGAUUGAGACAAUUAGGGGUCGCAAAAAAAUUUGGUGCCUUGUCGGAGAAUUUGGUUGGUAAACGAUUGGUGCUAAUUGACGAUUCAAUAGUAAGAGGCAAUACGAUUGGUCCCAUCAUAAAACUAUUGAGAGAUGCUGGCGCUUCAGAAGUGCAUGUACGUGUGGCAAGCCCGCCAUUAUGUUAUCCCUGUAACAUGGGUAUUAAUAUACCCACUCAUGAGGAGCUCAUUGCCAAUAAAUUGAAUCCCGAAGAAUUGGCUAAACAGGUGGGAGCCGAUAGUCUAGAAUAUUUAAGCGUCGAAGGCCUUAUUAAAGCGGUUAAACACAACCGUCAGCCUAUGGAUGCCUCCAAAAAAGGCUAUUGCACUGCUUGCUUAACGGGUGAAUAUCCCACUCAAUUAAGCUGGUAGAAGUUUAACUAAAAUCUCAUUAGAUCAAAUACGCAAAUUUUUUACCUUAAAGUUAACACGAAAUACCUCACAAAAACUAUCAAUUUUACUUCUGUUUUUUUUUUUAUUAACCCACAUAAUUUUUUAAGAAUUCAACUUGAAAAUGCUUUCAACUUUCAUGAUUUGUCCCCAUUUUUGGUAAUCCAUCAUAUUUUAUAUAUCGAAUUAACUUUUAUUUUCCAAGCAAUUCUAUCUUUUUCUACAGCAUUUAACAAGCAAUGCGCACAUAACGCCCAUUGCAUGCAAUUUACGCAAUGCUUACAAAAAAAAAAAAGAGAACAUGUACUUAAGUUAAUAUU